CUUGAGGAAGACGAUUCUGACAGACGACGCAAUUCGGGCACAGAAAUCCCUUGGAAAUCGUACUUAAAAGUUUGAUACAUUAGCCAUUUUGCAAUAUUUAUAAUAACAUUGGUGAGCUCUGAACAUAUAUAUGUAAUAUCAGUGAAGUUGUGACCCCGAAAAUGAAUUUCUUCGUUCGAAUAUUCUUGCCCGCGCCAUUAGCGAAACCUUUGCUGCAAACGUGCCGGAACUCUCCCGUUGUGUGUCGGACACAUGUGGCCUCCUGCUGGCGCUGGAGAAUAGGGAAAGAUGACGGAUCCUCCGUGAGUCUUCGGUCUACUGCCAAAAGAAGAUAUCACAGACAACUUCUACAACAUUUAAAUGAUUGGAAAGAUGAAAGCUUUAAUGUCAACCUCUUGAAAAGGAGUAUCACUUAUCAUCAGGAUGGUAUUGUAGCUAUCAACAAGCCUCCUGGAUUGGGUGUCUCAGGAAGAGGAAAUGACUCUUCUACACCUUUGACCCUUGCCAGUAUGAUGUCACAUAUAGCAGACAUCACAGACUGCCCCUCCAUAGAGAUAGCACAAGGUCUUGAGAAAGAAGCAUCAGGUCUUGUAUUGUUGACAGAAAACAAAAUGGCUGCUGAAGAACUUCAGGAUAAAAUCAAGGAGGCCAGAAAUAGAAGACAAUUCAUCAAAACUUACCAGUGCAUUGUGUGUGGAAUACCAAACAGAAAAGUGGUAAGUGUUUCAAAAAUGUACCUUGGGACAGAAGUCAUCGGAGGAAUGAAUCAGACUGUUGUGAGACAUGAUCCCUCUGGGAGGCAAAUCCGAGAUGGUGACGUAUGGUCGGCAGAGACCAGGUAUAGAGUCGUCAGGGAGAACAGAGACCUAGGUUGUGCACUUGUAGAGCUUCAACCUUUAAGAGUGAGAAGGCAUCAGCUUCAGGUCCAGAUGACCAAUGAACUAUGUCCAAUCUUAGGUGACCAUACGUACUCGCAUCAGGUCAAGACAAUUCUUGGCAAUCCCGUCCUCAUGGAUCCUCAUAAAUCACUAGCCACCCAUGGCAUCCAGGUUCUGAGACCAGGUAUGAGGAAGGCCCUGUCCAUGACCAACCAACAGGUGUCUUAUCUUCCACUCUUCCUUCACCUUCAUCGUGUGGUCCUACCAGAGUGGGCUGGUCAUCGGGACGUUGCCAUCGAAGCGCCUCUGCCAAUUCACUUUACCAGAGCUCUGAAGGAACUUGGGCUUGUUGAGAAACUGAAGCAGCUGUCCUAUUCUGCCAGGUGAAUGAAAUUUGAAAAGUGGCUAGGAAAUCAGCUAGAAGGAUUGUUAUUGGACAAAAUGGUUUUGCUGGUCAUCAGAAGCGCUUCUGCCAAUGCACUUCUCCAUAGCUCUGAAGAAACUUGGGCAUGUUGGGAAACUGAAGCAGCUAUCCUGUAUUUUGAAGAGAAGCUAAGAUAUCAGCUGGGACUGUUGUCAUUGGAUGAAGUGGUAGUCAUCAAGAUGUUACCAUACGUGUACAAGGUUCUCUGCCUUUGUACCUAGAGCUCUGAAGGAAAUUGGGCUUGUCAUGAUCUGAAAGCAGCUGUCCUUU